AAUAUUAGUUUCUCUCAAUAAUCAAAACUCGAAAGAUCGAAACUGCCACCGCCACAAAGAAAAUAAACGUUAUAAACAGAGAAACUGUUGAACAUGCGCCAUAACUGCCACAAUCUCUCUUCAUUAUUGCCUAUUUAUUAUUAAACUACUUCCACUCUUCACUCACGAACUCUUCUCCCCUUUUCCUCUCUACCCAUUUUUCCAAUCCCAAAAUGAAUGAAUUCAGGUCCAAAUUCUUGGAGGUUUACUCAUUGUUGAAAUCAGAGCUCCUUCACGACCCUGCUUUCGAGUUCACUGACGAUUCUCGCCAAUGGGUCGAGCGGAUGCUGGAUUACAAUGUACCUGGAGGAAAGUUGAACAGAGGUCUCUCUGUAAUUGAUAGCUACAAGUUACUGAAACAAGGGGGAAAGCUAACUGAAGAUGAAGUGUUUCUGGCUUCUGCACUUGGUUGGUGCAUUGAAUGGCUUCAAGCAUAUUUUCUUAUUCUUGACGACAUCAUGGACAAUGCUGUUACACGACGUGGACAACCUUGCUGGUUCCGGGUACCAAAGUUACAGGUUGGAAUGGUUGCCGUAAAUGAUGGCACAAUGCUACGGAACCAUAUCUCGAGAAUCCUCAAGAAUCAUUUCAAGGAAAAGCCUUAUUAUGUGGAUCUUAUGGAAUUGUUUAAUGAGGUAGAGUUUCAAACAGCCUCAGGACAGAUGAUAGAUUUAAUUACCACACUUGAAGGAGAGAAAGAUCUAUCAAAGUACUCAUUACCUCUUCAUCAUCGCAUUGUUCAGUACAAAACUGCAUACUACUCGUUUUACCUCCCGGUUGCAUGUGCAUUGCUAAUGGCAGGUGAAAAUUUGGAGAAUCAUAAUGAUGUCAAGAACAUUCUCAUUGAUAUGGGAACCUAUUUUCAAGUGCAGGAUGAUUACCUGGAUUGUUUUGGUCUUCCUGAUGUGAUAGGGAAGAUUGGAACAGAUAUUGAAGAUUUCAAGUGCUCUUGGCUUGUUGUGAAAGCGCUAGAACUAAGUGAUGAAAAACAGAAGAGUUUGCUACAUGAAAAUUAUGGGAAAGCAGAUACGGAUUGUGUUGCCAGAGUGAAAGAGUUAUAUAAAGCUCUCAAUCUUGAGGGCGUAUUUUCUGAGUACGAGAGAAAAAGCUACGAGAAGCUUCUAAAAUCCAUAGAAGUCCAUCCAAGUGAUGCAGUACAAGCAGUGUUGAAAUCUUUCCUUGCAAAGAUUUACAAAAGGCAGAAAUAGAGAAGUCGAGAAAGAUAAACUUUGUGGGGCGAUGACUUGUGGAUCCAAGGUGUGGUAUUUUCUUGUUAUACAGAUUGGUGGAUGUAAGUUGAUUAUGAAUGAAGGGUUGUAAUGGAAUAGUGAAUGAAAAGCUUGUAAGUAGCUGUGUUGUUUUGACUUCUUUAUGAUAUUUAAGGCUUCAGAACUUUCUCAGAUGGUUCGAGUACAUUUCAUAUGUGGGUACCAAUUCAAUUACAUUUUAAGUUUUUAUCAAAUGAAAAACAAAAAACGUAUCUGUUGAUAAUCAAA